AUCAGCUCAUCAGUCCUGGAGUACAAGAGGGCCGCGCUACCAAUACUUCGACGCUGGAGUGUUAGCCUUCCAUGCAUCUCCAGUUUCCUCCGGCGAACAGAAUUACUUCUCGUCAGUCCUCCUUCACGCCCGAGCCCACCUGUUCGCCCUCCACCGCUUCCUCACGUCAAUACCCGGAUCCUCCUCCGCCAAGACCCUGGAUCACCUGGAACCACACCAAGAGUGAGACUUCGGACCUCCCGAGUAAACCCCCAGACAAGUUUCCCUUCUCUCCAAUGUAUAAUCACAGAAUGGAUGACCUGAGUGAUUUCCUGAGACAAAGGAAUAUUCCAGAGGAAACUAUCGAGACCAUGCUGAGAGAGAAGAUUGAUACCAACGUCAUCCAGCUCAUGACAAAUGAAGAGCUAAAGAAUUAUUUGCCAUCAUAUGGAGACCACAUAGCCCUAUCAGGAUACUGUAAAAGGGAAGAAAAUGGCCCCCCAAGCAGUCUCAAAUCAAAACUUUUUGAGCGCCUGAAAUCAAAGCUGGGUAAAAGAAAAACUGCUCAUGAAGAUGGCUGUGGUAUGGAAAAAGAAGAGCAAUCUGAAACAACUAUAAAGAAGAAUGCUCUGAAGUCGAAGAGAAAAAUAGAAAUAGGCUGGCUGCUUUAUGAUGAAGAACAACAGGCUUUUAAACAAGUAAGAGCAAGAAGAGGUGGUGGAACAAAGAAGGUCGAUGUAUCAAAGGAUGCUAAAAAAAAGUGAGAUAAUCCAGAUGGCUAUUGGCCUCUUCUUUCCAAAUGGAAGAAAUAGAGAAGGGUCCAUAGCAGAUUUUGAAAUGAA